CGUUGACAAGUAAUCUUUUAUAUGAACAAGGCGUAGCAGUCUCUCGCGUGGAGCCUCGGCCAUUUAUCACAAUUCACACACGCAGAGGAAAGAGACAUUUGAACCUUUCCCGUACGAUUGAAUUAGGGUUUUGCUUUGUCAUUUCGCUUCGGAUCCGAUCGCAACCUAGAAGUUCAUCCAUUUCAAACUACAGAUCUUGAUCGUGUAAAUCAUUGUCUUAUCGCAACCCGAUUCCGUGGAUUCGAUUCCUCGUUCUCGCGUCAUCAUUUUCAUGUUAUACUUUGAAUUCGAUUUUUCCCCUCCUUCGUUGUCUAAUAGAUCUUGAAAAUUGGCUCCUCAACGACGAUCCCAGCGCCACAUGGGUGGCCAGAUGCAGCAGAACAAUGCUGCGGCCACGACUGCGCUCUACGAUCACGCCGGUGGCGGGCCUCUUCACAAUGCAGGCUCCGCAAAUGACGCCGGCGAUGCGGUCAUGGCACGGUGGCUCCAGUCCGCUGGGUUGCAGCAUCUGGCCUCUCCCUUGGCCUCCACCAGUAUCGAUCACCGCCUCCUCCCCAAUCUUCUUAUGCAGGGUUAUGGAGCGCAGUCAGCUGAAGAGAAGCAGAGACUUUAUAAGUUGAUGAGAAACCUCAAAUUUAGUGGGGAGUCUGCCUCCGAGCUGUACACACCGGCUGCCCAAACUUCAGGAGGGGUUCCCACUUCGGAUGGGUUUUAUUCUCCGGAGUUCAGGGGUGAUUUUGGAGCUGGGCUCUUGGAUCUUCAUGCUAUGGAUGAUACGGAGCUUCUGUCGGAGCAUGUUAUUCCAGAACCAUUUGAGCCCUCGCCCUUUAUGCCUGGUGGUACAAAAGCAUUUGAUGAUGACUCUAAUGCGACAGCGGGUGGACAGCAAGGAGGGCAACCAAAUGUAGAUGCAUCACUUCUAUUACCUAUGAAUGAAAAAGAGAAUACAAAGGAGAAUAACGUGGCUAAAAUUAAAGUCGUGGUUCGUAAAAGGCCUUUGAACAAGAAGGAGCUUUCUCGGAAGGAGGAUGAUAUAGUAAACGUAUAUGACAAUGCUUAUUUGACUGUCCAUGAACCCAAACUGAAGGUGGACUUGACUGCAUAUGUGGAGAAGCACGAGUUUUGUUUUGAUGCUGUUCUUAAUGAGUAUGUCACUAAUGAUGAGGUAUACAGGGUUACUGUUGAACCAAUCAUUCCUACCAUUUUUGACCGAACAAAGGCUACAUGUUUUGCGUAUGGUCAGACUGGUAGUGGCAAGACAUUCACAAUGCAACCGUUACCUCUCAGAGCAUCAGAGGACCUUGUUAGAUUGUUACAUCAGCCAUUCUAUCGUAAUCAGAGAUUUAAAUUGUGGCUUAGCUAUUUUGAGAUAUAUGGUGGAAAACUCUUUGAUCUUCUCAGUGACAGAAAGAAACUAUUUAUGAGGGAAGAUGGAAAGCAACAAGUUUGCAUUGUUGGACUCCAAGAAUUUGAAGUUUCUGAUGUACAAAUUGUUAAAGAAUACAUUGAGCGAGGUAAUGCUGCAAGAAGUACGGGAUCCACUGGUGCCAAUGAGGAAUCUUCCAGGUCACAUGCUAUCUUGCAACUUGUUGUAAAGAAGCACAGCGAGGUAAAAGAAUCCAAGCGUAGCAAUGACGGAAAUGAGUCUAAAUCUGCAAAAGUUGUUGGGAAGAUUUCUUUUAUUGAUCUUGCUGGUAGUGAAAGAGGUGCUGACACCACUGACAAUGACCGACAAACAAGGAUUGAGGGAGCUGAAAUCAACAAGAGCCUUUUGGCUCUCAAGGAGUGCAUUCGUGCUCUGGACAAUGAUCAGAUCCAUAUUCCUUUUCGCGGAAGCAAACUCACAGAAGUGCUUCGUGACUCUUUUGUCGGCAAUUCAAGGACUGUUAUGAUCUCUUGCAUUUCUCCAAAUGCUGGUUCCUGUGAACAUACGCUCAAUACUUUGCGAUAUGCAGACCGGGUUAAAAGUCUCUCCAGAAGUGGAAAUGCAAGAAAGGAUCAGGGUAUCAGUUCAGUACCAUCAAGUAAUAAAGAUGCUUUGUCACUAUCAUGUUUGCCGGUUUCUGUUGACUCACAGGAUGUCUGUGACCAGCGGCAAGAGGUGAAAGUAGCAGAUAUGGGAAGGAGGGUUGUGGAAAAGGAAAAUUUUUCAUACAAUUCUACUGCUGAGUUUAGUAAACAGCCCUCCAGUGUUUCAUCUAGUUACCCCUUGAAUGGCCGAGAGGAAAAAGGGGUUGCUUCUGGCUCAAUGGACAGAGAGAGGUAUGAAAUGAAAAUUUCCUAUGGAGAUUCUACCACUGAAAAGACAUACUCUUCUUAUUCCCAAAACUCAGUAGAGACAGAAGAGAAAGUGCAAAAGGUGUCACCACCUCGCAGAAAAGUUUCUAGGGAAGAAAAGUCGGAGAAGCUGGGGAACUGGAUGAAAAAAGACCGUAACGGGCCGGAUUUUUCCGCCACAAGCACCAGGCAGCAGAAUACAAGCAUUUACAGCACAAAUAAUGUUGGACCCCAACGACAUGAUCCAGAACUUCUUCCUGAUGGAAAUAUUAAUGAAAUACUUGAGGAAGAAGAGGCCUUGAUUGCUGCUCAUAGAAAAGAAAUUGAAGACACAAUGGAGAUUGUUCGUGAGGAAAUGAAACUACUGGCAGAAGUGGACCAACCAGGCAGCCUCAUCGACAACUAUGUGACACAAUUGAACUUUGUGCUUUCUCGCAAGGCAGCAGGCCUGGUUGGUCUUCAAGCUCGCCUUGCAAGGUUCCAGCACAGAUUGAAAGAACAGGAGAUACUUAGUCGGAAAAGAGUGCUGCGAUAAGUCACAAUGCACAAGAUGGGUUGAGGUACUUUUAGGAGAAGGAUAUAAGGUAAUGCACAACCGAACUGUACUUGAGGGCUAUGGUUCUGUAACUUCCAAACUUUUGGCUUGAACAAGAGGUUCCAUGUCUGUUACCAAAGAUUGUAGCGUAGUCAAUUGUGCUUUUUAGAUGGGUCUGAUGUGAUCUUCCCCAGAUUUUAAGGGUUUGUGGACCGUUGCUGUUGCUUACAGGUGACUGGAUUUGAUUCACAAAUUAAAUUCAAGAAAAGGUAAAAAAAAAAAAAAAA